GAGCCUGGCUGACCGGCAUUUCACGUGCGGUACAACUAUGUACCACAAGCCGGAUCAUGCCAUGAUGUUGAGGUCCUGCGUCCACGUCUAGUUCCUAGCUCGCAGCUCAGCUCGCUCUCUGCUCUUCAGAAGGGAGGUUCAUCUGAUUCAUUUCCUCCUUGCUCAGAAAAUGUUGGUCAGCUUUCGGCAUCCAGGGACAUAAGCAUAAUAUAUAGCAUGGACUUCGCGCUCGGGUUUAGGAACUUGAGCUUUUCGUGGCAAUCAGCGGACGCUUCUGCCGCUGGGAAUCCAAAUGGCCGCUCGGCCUUUGGCUGCGUUUGACCUGUAUGCAAUAUUUUAGCGCGGCAAGAUGAAUCAACUCCCUCGUAACAUCCUGAACGUUCGAAAAGCUGUGCAGAAAUAUCUUAGUUCUUCCGAAGCAUCUUGUCUUCGCAAACUCCAACCAUCAGAGCGCUGCUAUGCAGGGGCAGCAAGCAGGGGGUUUCCGCCUCCCCCUCUGUCUCCUCAGCGCAGGGUCGUUGUAACAGGUCUAGGGCUAGUGACUCCCUUAGCCCGCGGUGUUAUUGCCACCUGGCAGCGCCUUGUUGAUGGAGAAUGCGGCGUCAGGAAAGUGACGGCCCAUGACAUCGCGCUGAGCUGGCAGUCCCCUGAGGAAGCACAGGAGCUCUGGCGCCAGCUGCCGUCCAAAGUGGCGGCGUUCGUGCCCCGGGGAACAGGGCCAACAGAGUUUGACGAGGAUAAGAUCCUGGGGCGAAAAGAGCAGCGCCGCAUCGCCCUCUUCAUCGCCUUUGCCCAGCUGGCCGCCAAGGAGGCCCUCGAGGAUGCCAAGUGGACGGCGGAUACGCAUCAGAGAGCUGAACGAACGGGUGUGGCGAUCGGGGGCGGCAUUGGCUGCAUCGGCGAGAUCGUGGACGCAGCCAAGCUUGUUAUAGACCAAAAGAUCCGGCGGUUGAGCCCCUUCUUCGUGCCCAAGAUCCUAAUCAACAUGGCGUCAGGAUACGUCAGCAUUGACAACAAUUGCCAGGGCCCGAACCACGCGGCGGUCACAGCGUGCGCGAGCGGCGCGCACUCGGUGGGCGACGCGGCGCGUAUGAUCAAGUACGGCGAUGCUGACGUCAUGCUGGCGGGGGGCAGCGAGUCGUGCAUCGAUGCGCUGUCUAUUGCGGGGUUCUGCAGGUUGAGGGCCCUCUCCACGAGCUUCAACGACAGCCCUUGCGCGGCGUCGAGGCCGUUCGAUCAUGACCGUGACGGCUUCGUGAUUGGCGAGGGAGCGGGCGUUCUGGUCCUUGAGGAGCUGGAGCACGCGCGGGCACGGGGCGCGAAGAUGUACGCCGAGGUGCGCGGUUACGGCAUGUCGGGCGACGCGUACCACAUAACGCAGCCGUCUGCGGAGGGGCGGGGGGCGUAUUUGGCAAUGGAGAGCGCCCUUCGGAAUAGCGGCCUGACUCCGGAAGACAUCGACUACGUGAAUGCGCACGCCACGUCGACCCCCUUAGGUGACGACAUCGAGGCUCGUGCCAUCCUGCGGCUCUUCGGCGCCCAUGCGGAGUCGGGCAACAUGGCGCUCUCCUCGACCAAGGGCGCAACGGGCCAUCUUCUCGGGGCGGCGGGGGCUGUGGAAGCGGUGUUCACGGUCCUGGCCGUGGCCCACGCAAAAGUGCCACCAACGAUAAACCUGGAACGGCCGGACUUGAUAUUCACGGAUGCCUUCAGACCAACGGCAUCCACGCUAGACAAACCCAUAAGAGCUGCGCUGACAAACUCAUUUGGUUUCGGAGGAACAAACGCUUCUCUAAUCUUUACCCAGCCGCCGGACUAAAGUGACGAACAAGAUUAGUCAGGCGUUUCCGACGUCCUUUUUAGACUUUCUUACAUAAGAAGGUGUUCACGAGCGUCACUUUCUCAGGCACGCGCUAGAUGCAAGUCGACUGUUCACCUCUUUACUGUAUAGGAGAUUGACCUGCUUCUCCAAACGACAAAGUUGGAAGAGCCGGUGAUGCGCAGGGAUGAAGCCGCUUUGCUCGCAACUUUUAUCGGGUCAAAGAAGUGCAUGGAUCAAGGGAGUUUGGACGAUAAACGCGAUCGUGUGGGCCCGUCGAGAACCGCACAUGAAUUGGAACAACAUGGGGGCGCCAGCCUGGCGCUGUCAGGAGCUGUACUUUGCGCCAUACCUGGGUGUA